AAAGCACUCUCUGGGCGAGUGUGAGAAAAAAAAAGCAAGCGAGCGCCAACCCCAGAGAUUCACUCCGCUCUUCCUUUCUUCCUCCUCUGCUCCAUCUUCUCCACUCAUCUUAUUCUUCCAUGGCCCACCUGCCCACGCGGUCGUUUCAGGCCUACCAGGUCUUUGCCGCCAACACAAACGUCGGUAAGACUAUCCUCUCCACCGGCCUCGUCCGUGCCGCUGCUGCCUUGUCAAUUGGCGCCGAUAAGAAAAAGACAAAGGCAUUCUACGUCAAGCCCGUGCAGACCGGCUAUCCUGUCGACUGCGAUGCCAGGCAUGUCAAGACAUAUGCGCCUCUUGUCGAAACCAGCCGGUUAUACGCUUAUCCAGAUCCUGUGAGCCCUCACAUCGCCACCAGUGAGCCUCCGCCAGACACGGAGGUCCUUCAGGCUACCAUCAACUCAAUCCGCACCUUCAAGCAGAGUCUUGGACAGACAGACAAGGGAUGGGCGCUCCUCGAAACCGCGGGAGGUGUCAACAGCCCGAUCAUGUCUGGGGAACUGCAAUCGAAAUUCUACCGCCCUCUUCGCUUGCCCACCGUCUUGAUCGGCGAUAGUCAUCUUGGCGGCAUCUCCACCACCCUGACUUCCUACGAAUCACUGCACCAAUACGGAUACGAUAUUCCGGCCUUGAUGCUCUUCGAUAACAAAUCAAGGAACCAUCAAUUUCUGGAACGUUACCUCGCCAAAGCCGAGAACCGCCCUCUGAUCCAUGUCUUGCCAUCGCCACCAGAGAAACUUGCGGAUCUCAAAGCAGAUGCGGAGCAAUUGCAUGAGUACUACCGAAAGACGGAGGACUAUUUCAAGGAUGUAGUACAGGAGCUGGAUAAGGCGCAUCAUAGCCGACUGGAUCGGUUGGAGGAGUUGGCAGAUAAGGCGAGGACUUCGAUCUGGUGGCCCUUCACGCAGCAUCAGACCGUCAAGGAGGUCACGGUGAUCGAUUCCGCUUAUGGAGAUAUCAUGACGACGUAUGUCGACCCCAAGGAGAAAGCCGCCACAGGCGCCAACGGAAACCAGGAAGGGACCUGGAAAGAGAUGUUUGAUGGAUGCGCCAGUUGGUGGACUCAGGGACUGGGACAUGGAUCUCCAGCAUUGACUCAAUCGGCUGCCUAUGCGUCCGGAAGAUAUGGACACGUCAUGUUCCCGGAGUGUGCACACGAGCCCGCUGUGAAACUGGCAGAGACACUGCUGGACACUGUUGGCCAGGACUGGGCAUCGAGGGUGUUCUUUUCUGACAACGGAAGUACGGCAAUUGAGGUAGCGCUCAAGAUGGCGCUGAAGGCGAGUCAGGAUCGAUAUGCCAACCUGGGUCAGGCCACAGGCCGUGUUGAGGUCAUUGGUGUGGAUGGAGGAUAUCAUGGUGAUACCAUCGGAGCCAUGAACGCGUGCUCGCCUAAUGCGUAUAACGCGCAGGUGACCUGGUACAAAUCUCAUGGUCAUUGGUUCAGCCCGCCUACUGUGUUGUUCAAGGAUUCACAGUUCCAGAUCAUGAUUCCUGCAGAGAUGACGAACAGUAAGGAACCGAUGAAGAUCACGACCGACAAUCUCUCCUCGGUCUUCACAAAGCCUGCAGCAAAUGAUCCGCGAUUGGAGAUUUACCGCAGCCAUAUCCGGGAAACGCUGACGCGUUUGACCCAGCAGGAGAAGCGGUCAUUUGGUGCGGUGCUUAUGGAACCGGUCUUGAUGGGCGCUGGAGGAAUGAUCUGGGUCGAUCCUGCGUUCCAGAGAUGUUUGGUUGAGGAAGUGAGGGCGUUUAAGGGAUUCGGAACGGAGACCUCGCCUAGCAAGAACGCACAUGUCCCCGUCAAGAACAACUGGAAGGGACUUCCUGUGGUCUUUGAUGAGGUCUUUAGCGGCUGCUGGCGUCUCGGACGCAAGUCUGCGGCUGACAUGUUGCAAGUGACUCCUGACAUUGCAGCCUACGCCAAGUUACUGACUGGUGGUCUGAUUACUCUGGCCACCACCCUGACGACCGAUGCGGUCUUUAACAACUUUUUGAGUGAGACAAAGACUGAUGCCUUGCUUCACGGUCACUCUUACACGGCCCACCCCAUCGGCUGCGCGGUCGCCAAUACCAGCUUGCGGACCUACCGCCAGAUGGAAUCCCACGGCGAUGCGGAUCAGGCCCGCCAAGAUUGGGGUGCUCAGCCCUAUGGCAAUUUGGGCGUCUGGAGCCUUUGGGAUCAAAAGGUUGUCGACAAGAUUUCGCGCAUGGACAUUGUCGAGGGUGUUGUGCCUCUUGGCAGUGUUUUGGCCAUCCAGAUGCGUGAGACGAACGGACCUUCCGGAUACGCGUCGUUGCUGUCGCAGCAGGUGCAGAGGCGACUCCGGGAGAAGGAGCAUGAGGAUAGUGAGAUGGAGGUUGCGGUCUUUGGAAGACCUUUAGGAAAUGUUGUGUAUAUGAUUGCGUCCCAAGUCUCGACCAGGGAGCAGCUGGCCAAGGUCGAGAACAUUUUGUUGAGGACGCUCGAGGGUAAACUAUAGAAAGUUCGUCUAGACUCACAGUAUUAAAAAUGAU